AUGAUCGGGGGGGGGGGGGGGGGGGGGGGGGGGGGGGGGGGGGGGGGGGGGGGGGGGGGGGGGGGGGGGGGGGGGGGGGGGGGGGGGGGGGGGGGGGGGGGGGGGGGGGGGGGGGGGGGGGGGGGGGGGGGGGGGGGGGGGGGGGGGGGGGGGGGGGGGGGGGGGGGGGGGGGGGGGGGGGGGGGGGGGGGGGGGGGGGGGGGGGGGGGGGGGGGGGGGGGGGGGGGGGGGGGGGGGGGGGGGGGGGGGGGGGGGGGGGGGGGGGGGGGGGGGGGGGGGGGGGGGGGGGGGGGGGGGGGGGGUGGGGGGGGGGGGGGGGGGGGGGGGGGGGGGGGGGGGGGGGGGGGGGGGGGGGGGGGGGGGGGGGGGGGGGGGGGGGGGGGGGGGGGGGGGGGGGGGGGGGGGGGGGGGGGGGGGGGGGGGGGGGGGGGGGGGGGGGGGGGGGGGGGGGGGGGGGGGGGGGGGGGGGGGGGGGGGGGGGGGGGGGGGGGGGGGGGGGGGGGGGGGGGGGGGGGGGGGGGGGGGGGGGGGGGGGGGGGGGGGGGGGGGGGGGGGCGGAUCGCGUGA